CUCUGAGAGUGCCCGCUCCUGGUGUCGGGCACCUAAGGUCGAUUUUUUUCUGCUCUUGCCUGCGAGCCAACCCUGCCCGCUUCGUGCGAAAGUCGACUUUUGAGAAUCCAUUUUCUGCAAUCGAUAUCCCAACUGCCAGAUUGUUGCAUCUGCGCAGACCACGACCCUCCCGACCUCGUCAUACAUUGUCGCACCUCGAGUCUACUGGCCCCUCACUUCCCGCCCAACAUGAGUGUCGUCGGCGUCGAUUUCGGGUCCCUCAACACCGUCAUCGCCGUCGCGAGGAAUCGGGGAGUCGAUGUGAUCGCCAAUGAAGUCUCCAACAGAGCAACUCCGUCCCUCGUUGGCUUCGGCCCUAAGUGCCGCUACCUCGGCGAGGCCGCAAAGACGCAAGAGAUUUCGAACCUCAAGAAUACCGUCGGCUGCCUCAAGCGCCUCCUCGGGCGCUCUUUCAAGGACCCCGAUGUCGAGAUUGAGCAGAAGUACAUCUCGGCGCCCCUGGUCGACAUCAACGGCCAGGUCGGUGCCGAGGUCUCGUACCUCGGCAAGAAGGAGCAGUUCACCGCCACACAGCUCACCGCCAUGUUCCUGAGCAAGAUCAAGCAGACCACGGCCAACGAGCUCAAGCUGCCCGUGUCGGACCUCGUCAUGAGCGUGCCCCCCUGGUUCACCGAUGCCCAACGCCGCGCGCUCAUCGACGCCGCCGAGAUUGCCGGCCUCAAGCUGCUCCGCCUCAUCAACGACACCACCGCUGCCGCGCUCGGCUACGGCAUCACCAAGCUGGACCUGCCCGGGCCCGAUGAGAAGCCGCGCCGCGUCGCGUUCGUCGACAUCGGCUACAGCGACUACACCUGCUCCAUUGUCGAGUUCAAGAAGGGCGAACUGGCCGUCAAGGGCACCGCCUUCGAUCGCCACUUUGGCGGCCGUGACUUCGACCGCGCCAUCGUGGAGCACCUGCACAAGGAGUUCCACGGCAAGUACAAGAUCGACAUCUUCAGCAACCCCAAGGUGCUGACCCGAGUCUAUGCCGCCGCCGAGAAGCUCAAGAAGGUGCUGUCAGCCAACCAGCAGGCGCCCCUGAACAUCGAGUCGCUUAUGAACGACAUCGACGUGCGUGCUAUGAUCACGCGCCAGGAAUUCGAGGCCAUGGUCGAGCCCCUGCUCCACCGCAUCAACGCCACGCUGGAGCAGGCUCUCGCCGAGGCCAAGCUGGCCAAGGAGGACAUCGAUAUCGUCGAGGUCGUUGGCGGCGGCAGCCGUGUCCCGGCCAUCAAGGACCGCAUCCAGGCCUUCUUCGGCAAGACGCUCUCCUUUACCCUGAACCAGGACGAGGCCAUCGCCCGCGGCUGCGCCUUCAGCUGCGCCAUCCUCUCUCCUGUUUUCAGGGUCCGCGACUUCGCCGUCCAGGACGUCAUCAGCUACCCGAUCGAGUUCGCCUGGGAGAAGGACGCCGACAUCCCCGACGAGGACACCAGCCUCAUCGUCUUUGGCAAGGGCAAUGUGAUGCCCUCGACCAAGAUUCUGACCUUCUACCGGAAGCAGCCCUUCGACCUGGAGGCCAGGUACGCCGAGCCCGAGGCCCUGCCCGGCAAGGUCUCCCCGUUCAUCGGCCGCUUCUCCGUCAAGGGAGUGAAGGCGGACGGCGGGCCCGAGGACUUCAUGAUCUGCAAGCUCAAGGCCCGCGUCAACAUCCACGGCGUCCUGAACGUCGAGAGCGGCUACUACGUCGAGGAUCAGGAGGUAGAGGAGGAGAUCAAGGAGGAUGAGAAGCAGAACGGGGACAAGAAGGAUCCGGAUGCCAUGGACACGGACGCCCCCAAGGAAGAGAAGCCGAAGACCCGAAAGGUGAAGAAGCAGGUCCGGAAGGGCGAGCUGCCCAUCGUCAGCGCCACCCAGUCGCUGGAGCCCUCCGUUAGAAACGCCGCCGCAGAGAGGGAAGCUGCAAUGGUCAUGGAGGACAAGCUGGUGGCCGACACCGAAGAGAAGAAGAACGAGCUCGAGACGUAUAUCUACGACCUCCGCAACAAGUUGGACGACCAGUACGCCGAGUUCGCGAGCGAGGAGGAGAAAGAAAAGAUUCGCGAGAAGCUCACGGCCACCGAGGACUGGCUCUACGACGAGGGCGACGAUGCCACCAAGGCCGUCUACAUCGCCAAGAUGGACGAGAUUCGCGCCCUGGCUGGCCCCGUCGUUCAGCGACACUUCGAAAAGGUCGAGGCCGAGCGCCAGGCACUACAGGCCAAGCUGGAGGCGGAGCGGGCGGCCAAGAAGGCGGCCGAGGAGGAGGCGCGCAAGGCUGAGGAGGCGCGCAAGGCUGCCGAGGAGGCCGAGAAGGCCGCGCAAGAAGCGGCCAACGGCGCCAACGGCGCCAACGGCGGGUCCAAGGACGAGGAGAUGACGGAUGCCGAUGCCGCGCCCAAGGCCGAGGUCGAAGAGGCGGGUGACCCGUAAGGGGGUUCGCGCCUUUUUCCCUCGAUAUUUCUCUCUCUCUCUCUCUCUCGCAGUCUCCUGGGUAUUCUUC